UUAUAAUUUGUCUAUUAACAAGAUUUAAAUUGAUAAGAAUAAUGUUAUAAAACAAAACUCCUCCAGUGAAGUGAGUAACAGUAGCAUUUAAAAUGUGUCGGGCAUUUAUUCUAUUAAACGGUUUUGCAUUAUUUAUUUGGUUUGUUGGAGUAUCUAGUGUUACGGAUUGGGAAUUUGUCCUACUACGUUUCGAACAAAAUACUUCAAAUUCUGAUAUUAUCUCGUUUGAUCUGCGUACAUUACGAGUUAAUCGAGGAGUUUAUGCAGUCAAUGGGUCUCUAAUGCUUGCCACUGACAUUGACGACACUUAUUCGGUUAGUUUAAAAUUAUAUCGAAGUUCUUCGGGGGGUAGUGAUUUUAAAGCAACUCCGUUCGAAAUUCCAACAACAACUUUUUACAAAUUCAUGACAUCGAUUUAUGUUAAAAUGUUGCAGAAAGAUUUAAUAAAAUGCAGUACCUUGCCAGAACAUAAAGACAGUUUCGAAGGACCAUUACCACAAAACACUUAUUUUUUCAACAAGUGCAUAAUAACGAAUGAUGGAAUGCCAGGACACGUUCAACCGGGUCUAUACAGAGCUACUGGUCAUUUAUCUAACGAAAAUAAUGUUGAGCUUUGGGUUUCUAUAUUUUUUGAAGUUAAUACCAAAUCAAUGGUUUAAAAAUAUUGUUUUUUAGUAAAA